UAACCGUCCUGCUCUUUAACAGAGAAAGACCACCGGAGGCACCAGGCCAUGUGGCGUGUCCCACCCGACUUGAAAAUGCUGAAGAGGUUGAAGAGUCAGAUGGCUGAAGUACGGAGUAAAAUGUCCGAUGUGAAGAACCAGCUGUCCGAGGUUCGGAGUAGCAACACCAGCUCCUCGGAUGGGCAGGCCACGUACGCAUUCCCUGGUGACCAGGGAGCCUUGGCGGCUUGUGGGACAGAAGGCUACAACAAGCUGCAGGAACUUGGGAGGGAGCUGCUGACAAAAUCAUCCCUCUCUAGCUGCUAUAUUCGGAAUUCUGCAAAUAAGAAAAACAGUUCAACUAAAGUUGGUCGCUCAGGGGCAGCAGGCAGCCUGUCUUUGCGAAGAGCAAUGGAUUGCGGGGAUGGAAAUAUCCUUUUGAAGCCAGAUUGUCAGCUUUCCUCUGAAGGUAUAAACUUAUCUGGCGAAUAA